CCCGCCACGUCAGUCUCCGUCCCUGAGCCUGUCCCGCGGUAGGCCUGCGUGAGGGCCCGUGUUGUCCCCGGGAAGUGGUUUCGGGAAAAAGGAGGCCUCUCCUUCCUCGCUCCCGGAGCAGCUCCCGGAAAACCUGUCUGGGCACACCAGGCUCCUGUGACUGACUAGAGACAGGGGGAACCGUUGGCUCCCUCUGGGGAAGGCCGGCCAGUUUGUUUUAAGAAGCUUUGUGCGCCCAGUGUUGAGAUUUCUGAUCCAGGCUACGAAGAAUUUCUUAGUCUGGAAAAUAGCAAGUGUGCUUGUUUCUAUAGGAUCUGCUCCUAACCUAGCAUUGCAAACCACAAUGAAGAACCAAGACAAAAAGAAUGGGGCUGCCAAGCAAUCGGGCAACACUUCCAACCCAAAAAGCACCCCAGGGCAACCGGAAGCAGGACCGGAGGGAGCCCAGGGGAGGCCCAGCCAGUCGGCUCCUGCGACAGAAGCUGAAAGUUCCACCAGCCAGGCUCCAGGGAAGACUGAGGGAGCACAAGCCAAAACUGCUCAGUCCGGGGCCCUCCGUGAUGUGUCUGAGGAGCUGAGCCGCCAGUUGGAAGACAUCCUGAGUACCUACUGUGUGGACAACAAUCAGGGGGGCCCAGGUGAGGACGGGGCACAAGGUGAGCCUGCUGAGCCUGAAGAUGCAGAGAAGUCCCGGACCUAUGCUUCGAGGAAUGGGGAGCCUGAGCCAGAGACCCCAGUAGUCAAUGGUGAGAAGGAAACCUCCAAGGGGGAGCCAGGCACAGAUGAGAUCCGGGCAAGUGACGAGGUCGGAGACCGAGACCACCGAAGGCCACAAGAGAAGAAGAAAGCCAAGGGUCUGGGGAAGGAGAUCACGUUGCUGAUGCAGACGUUGAACACGCUGAGUACCCCAGAGGAGAAGCUGGCAGCUCUGUGCAAGAAGUAUGCUGAACUGCUGGAGGAGCACCGGAACUCCCAGAAGCAGAUGAAGCUCCUGCAGAAGAAGCAGAGCCAGCUGGUUCAGGAGAAGGACCACCUGCGUGGCGAGCAUAGCAAGGCCGUCCUGGCCCGCAGCAAGCUCGAGAGCCUGUGCCGCGAGCUGCAGCGCCACAACCGCUCCCUCAAGGAAGAAGGCGUGCAGCGGGCCCGGGAGGAGGAGGAGAAACGCAAGGAGGUGACCUCGCACUUCCAGGUGACGCUGAAUGACAUUCAGCUGCAGAUGGAACAGCACAAUGAGCGUAAUUCCAAGCUGCGCCAGGAGAACAUGGAGCUGGCUGAGAGGCUCAAGAAGCUGAUUGAGCAGUAUGAACUGCGAGAGGAGCAUAUCGACAAAGUCUUCAAACACAAGGACCUGCAGCAGCAGCUGGUGGAUGCGAAGCUCCAGCAGGCCCAGGAGAUGCUGAAGGAGGCAGAGGAGAGGCACCAGCGGGAGAAGGAUUUUCUCCUCAAAGAGGCAGUGGAGUCCCAGAGGAUGUGCGAGCUGAUGAAGCAGCAGGAGACCCACCUGAAGCAGCAGCUUGCCCUAUACACAGAGAAGUUUGAGGAAUUCCAGAACACUCUUUCCAAAAGCAGUGAGGUGUUUACCACAUUCAAACAGGAGAUGGAAAAGAUGACUAAGAAGAUCAAGAAGCUGGAGAAAGAAACCACUAUGUACCGGUCCCGGUGGGAGAGCAGCAACAAGGCCCUGCUUGAGAUGGCUGAGGAGAAAACACUCCGGGACAAAGAGCUGGAGGGCCUGCAGGUGAAAAUCCAGCGGCUGGAGAAGCUGUGCCGGGCACUGCAGACAGAGCGCAAUGACCUGAACAAGAGGGUACAGGACCUGAGUGCUGGCGGCCCAGGCUCCCUCACUGACAGCGGCCCUGAGCAAAGGCCAGAGGCUGCCGCUGCCUCCAAGGAGCUGGCUGGCGAGGGGCCUAGGGCCCAAGCACCCAGCUCCCCAAGGGCCACAGAAGCUCCUUGCUGUCCUGGAGCACCGAGCACAGAAGUAUCAGGCCACACAGGGCCCCAGGAGCCCACCUCCGCCACAGCCUAGGGAGCCUGGUGCUAGGGGCCUGCUGGGAAGGGAGCAAGCAGCCCAGCCAGGCCUGGCCCGUGCAAGGCUCCCACCACUAAACCAGUCCAGUGCUGAGGCCCAGGGUGCUCUGACCUGGCUGGCAUCUGACACUGCAGUUUUGUGGGUCAGUCUUACAUACAUAUGGCAUAUGUGCAAAGGCUCAUACAUUUAUAUCUCUAAGUGUAAAAUGGGCUUGCACUGGAGGUAGAGGUGUGUACAGAUGAAGUCUGGCUCUUCUGUGAGCUGAAGAACCUUAAAGAGGAGCUGUCAUCUGUAGCUGCUAUCGCAGUGAGCUGGCAG